UUUUUUAAUUUACAACCACUUAUUAGUCAACUUAUAUGCUCUCUAAGUUACAUGGUUUAGUAUUUUUUUUUCUUUAUUUGUUGUAAUUACACUAUUAUAUUUAUAAAUUUUUUAAAAAUUUCAAAUAAUUUAUAAUGAUAUAAAUAUAUACUUUUUCAUAUUCUAAUCAUCCCCGGUGUUAAAAAAGUUUUACUUUAUAACUAUAAUAAAUAUAGCCGUAAAAACAACAUGUAUAUUCAAACAUAAAAGUUGACUAAAAAUUUAUAAUAACAACUUGAAAGAUAGAAGUAUCUUUUUUUCAAUUUAAAACUAAUAACAUAAGACGAAAUGAACUAUAUUUAUUUAUAAAUAGUCUUCUCACCUUUCACAAAUCAAAUUGAGAAAAAAGGAAAAGAAAGAAAUGGAACUAAAAAUUGUUUCAAGUAUGAACAUCAAACCAUCUUGUCCAACACCUUCUAACCUCAGAAUUUUCAAGCUUUCUCUAUUGGAUCAGCUAAUUCCCCAACCAUACGCUCCCAUUGUCCUCUUCUACCUACCAAACGACAACAAUUAUUCAGACCAUUGUGAUCAAAACGACAUCUCAAAUAGAUUAGAAUCUCUAAGAAAAUCCUUAUCCUCUACCCUAACCCGAUUUUAUCCAUUAGCUGGAAAAUUCAAAGACCAACUUUCAAUCGAAUGUAACGAUGAAGGAGCUAAUUACGUGGAAACCCAAGCCGUUGGCUUUUCUCUUCGACAAUUUCUUAGUCAUCCUGGGCCUGAUCUCUUAUUGGUCAAUAAACUCCUUCCCUGUCAAUUGGGUUCCACUGAAUCAAAUCUCACGGGAGCUUACGUGGCGAACAUCCAGGUCAACGUCUUUGACUGUGGAGGCAUUGCUCUCGGCUUAUGUAUUGCACACAAAAUCCUAGACGGCGUCGCUUUGAGCACCUUUAUUAAAUCUUGGGCCGCCGAGGCCCAAGGUUUCGAUAACCCGACUGGGCCCAAUUUCGUGGCGGGCUCUCUCUUCCCGGCUGACGAUUCAUUAUGGCUGAGUGAUUGUUCAAAGGCGAUGUUCGGUUCUUUAUUCAGUAAAGGCAAGUCGAUUACAAAACGGUUCGUUUUCAACUCCUCGUCCAUAUCGAUUCUCAAGUCUCAAUCCGCGAGUUCUGACGUGGAAAACCCGACCCGAGUCGAGGCGGUUUCGGGUUUCUUGUGGCGAUGUUUUAUGACCGCUUGUAAAGAAAAAAACGGCGUCGUAAUUAGGCCUUCGUUACUAAACCAUAUAGUGAAUCUCCGUAGAAGAACGACGCCGUAUCUACCAGAGAAUUCUAUUGGGAAUUUAGUCUGGAUGGGGGUGGCGAAAUCGGACGGAGUUGAGGUGGACCAAACCCAGUUGGUGAGUUUAGUGAGAGAGUCAACGGCGAGAAUUGAUGAUGAUUUUGUGAAGAGAAUGAUGAGAGGUGAAGAGGGAAAGUUUUGGAUGAUGAAAUGGGUGGAUGAAAUAGGUGAGUUGGGAUGUAGUGAGGGAGUUGAUUAUAUGGGGGUGAGUAGUUGGUGUAGGAUUGGGUUUUACGAAGCUGAUUUUGGGUGGGGAAGGCCUAUAUGGGUGAGCAGUUUUUGUUUGAGUGGUUAUUCAAUGGUUAUUAGUUUGGUUAUUUUGGUGGAUACGAGAUCGGGAGAUGGGAUUGAAGCUUGGGUGAGUUUGGACGAAGAUGAUAUGGCUAUUGUGGAAUGUAAUACCCAACUUCUCCAGUUAGCUCAAGUGGAUCCUAGUCCUUUGGAAUUGGAUUGACUGUGGCGCCUCAUAAUUGCUUACUUGGUUACUGAUUUUAAUAUUAUUUAUUUAAAUAAGUACAAAUAUUAAAAUAUAUCAAUAAAAAUUUGCCACUUUCUUAUGCUAAA